CCGGCCGGCGGCGGCGCUUGUGCCGCGGCGGGCGCGGCCAGAGGGGGCAGAGCUGAGCCGCGCCGCGCCGGGCAGAGACGGCAGGCAGCCGGAGCUCCGCGCCACACGCCGCCCCGGCCCCGGCGGGACCCGCCGCCGCCCCCGCCCCGCUCCGGAAGAAAGUGAAGUGAGGAGGUGACUGAAGAGGCACUGCAGGAGGGAUUUGCAGGAGCAGCUUCACUUCUUAACCAGAGGAAGGUGGAAUUAAAUGGCUGAUAAACAGAUCAGCCUGCCGGCCAAGCUGCUGAACGGAGGCAUUGCCGGCCUCAUCGGCGUCACCUGCGUCUUCCCCAUCGACCUGGCCAAGACGCGCCUGCAGAACCAGCAGAAUGGGCAGCGGAUGUACACCAGCCUGUCUGACUGCCUGCUCAAGACCAUCCGCUCCGAGGGCUACUUCGGCAUGUACCGGGGGGCUGCGGUGAACCUGACCCUGGUGACGCCGGAGAAGGCCAUCAAGCUGGCAGCCAACGACUUCUUCCGGCACCACCUCUCCAAGGAUGGGAAGAAGCUGACGCUGCUGCGGGAGAUGCUGGCGGGCUGCGGCGCAGGCACCUGCCAGGUGAUCGUCACCACCCCCAUGGAGAUGCUCAAAAUCCAGCUCCAGGAUGCAGGGAGGAUUGCGGCCCAGAAGAAGCUGAUGGCAGCCCAGGCCCAGCUCUCCCCCUCCCCCUCCUCCCCGGGGCCGGCGGAGCCGGUGGCCGAGCGCCGCCCCACGGCCACGCAGAUCACCAGGGAGCUGCUGCGCAGCAGGGGCAUCGCCGGCCUCUACCAGGGCCUGGGGGCCACGCUGCUGAGGGAUGUUCCAUUCUCCAUUGUUUACUUCCCCCUCUUUGCAAACCUGAACAAGCUGGGCCAGAAGGACCCCAACGUCAAGGCUCCCUUCUACGUGUCCUUCCUGUCGGGCUGCGUGGCAGGCAGCACCGCGGCCGUGGCUGUCAACCCCUGUGACGUGAUCAAAACACGGCUGCAGUCCCUGCAGAGAGGAGUGAACGAGGACACCUACUCGGGGAUCCUGGACUGCACCAAGAAGAUCUGGCAGAAGGAGGGCCCCACGGCCUUCCUGAAGGGAGCCUACUGCCGGGCGCUGGUGAUCGCGCCGCUCUUCGGCAUCGCGCAGGUCGUCUACUUCCUGGGCAUCGCCGAGCUGCUGCUGGACCUGCUGCCCCAGCGGCGGGGCUAGCCCUGGCAGC